AUGGAUAAGAAUGAGUUAGAGCAGAGUGAGAAAUAUGCAAAAUCGAAGUUGGAUGAAGGCAAGGAACAUCUAAGUGAGGACAAUGAGGAUGGCAUGGCGGGAAGUGGGCUGUGGCUGGAGGUGGAGUUCGGGGUGGGAGAGUUGGAUGAAGGUGAGGAACAUCUGAGUGAGGAUGGCAAGGAUGGCGUGGUGGGAAGUGGGUUACGGCCGGAGGUGGAGGUGGAGGUGGGGGUGGGAGAGUUAGAUGAAGGUGAGGAACAUCUGAGUGAGGAUGGGAAGGAUGGCAUGGUGGGAAGUGGGUUACGGCUGGAGGUGGAGGGGGAGGUGGUGGUGGGAGAGUUGGAUGAAGGUGAGGAACAUCUGAGUGAGAAUGGCAACGAUGGCGUGGUGGGAAGUGGGUUAUGGCUGGAGGUGGAGGUAGAGGUGGAGGUAGAGGUGGGGGUGGGAGAGUUGGAUGAAGGCAAGGAACAUCUAAGUGAGGACAGCGAGGAUGGCGUGGAGGCAAGUGGGUUGCGGCUGGAGGUGGAGGUUGGGGUGGGAGAGUUGGAUGAAGGCAAGGAACAUCUAAGUGAGGACAGCGAGGAUGCCGUGGAGGCAAGUGGGUUGCGGCUGGAGUUAGAUGAGGGUGAGGAAGAUCUGAGUGAGGAUGGAAAGGAUGGCGUCGUGGGAAGUAGGUUACGGCCGGAGGAGGAGGUGGGGUUGGGAGAGUUAGAUGAAGGCAAGGAACAUCUAAGUGAGGACAGCGAGGAUGGCGUGGAGGCAAGUGGGUUGCGGCUGGAGUUGGAUGAAGGCAAGGAACAUCUAAGUGAGGACAGCGAGGAUGGCGUGGAGGCAAGUGGGUUGCGGCUGGAGGUGGAGGUCGGGGUGGGAGAGUUGGAUGAAGGUGAGGAACAUCUGAGUGAGGAUGGCAAGGAUGGCGUGGUGGGAAGUGGGUUACGGCCGGAGGUGGAGGUGGAGGUGGAGGUGGGGGUGGGAGAGUUGGAUGAAGGUGAGGAACAUCUGAGUGAGGAUGGCAAGGAUGGCGUGGUGGGAAGUGGGUUACAGCCGGAGGUGGAGGUGGGGGUGGGAGAGUUAGAUGAAGGCAAGGAACAUCUAAGUGAGGACAGCGAGGAUGGCGUGGCGGGAAGUGGAUUGCGGCUGGAGGUGGAGGUCGGGGUGGGAGAGUUAGAUGAAGGUGAGGAACAUCUGAGUGUGGAUGGCAAGGACGGCGUGGUGGGAAGUGGGUUACGACCAGAGGUGGAUGUGGGGGUGGGAGAGUUGGAUGAAGGUGGGGAACAUCCGAGUGAGGAUGGCAAGGACGGCGUGGUGGGAAGUGGGUUACAGCCAAAGGUGGAGGAUUUAAGGCCCUGUUGGGCUGAUUAUGUUCUGCAAAAGAUGGAUAAGAAUGAGUUAGAACAUAGUGAGAAAUAUGCAAAAUCAAAAUUGAAUAAAGGCAAGGAAAAUCUAAGUGAGUACAGUGAGGAUGGCGUGGCUGGAAGUGAGGAACAUCUGAGUGAGGAUGACAAGGACGACGUGGUAGGAAGUGGGUUACGGCCAGAGGUGGAGGUGGUGGUGGGAGAGUUGGAUGAAGGAAAGGAACAUCUAAGUGAGGACAGCGAGGAUGGCGUGGCGGGAAGUGGGUUGCGGCUGGAGGUGGAGGUCGGGGUGGGAGAGUUGGAUGAAGGUGAGGAACAUCUGAGUGAGGAUGGCAAGGACGGUGUGGUGGGAAGUGGGUUACGGCCGGAGGUGGAGGUGGAGUUGGAUGAAGGUGAGGAACAUCUGAGUGAGGAUGGCAAGGACGGCGUGGUGGGAAGUGGGUUACGGCCGGAGGUGGAGGUGGAGGCAGAGCCAGAAACAGAUGAAGUCUAUGCACAGAUCACUUUACACCCAGAAGCAGAUGUGAGCUUAUUAUACUAUUAA